GAACAACAGGAGCUCCUCACCUACAGCAGGAAUAAACAUUUAAAAUGGCGUGUGGUGGAUUUGUUUGCUCGAAAUACACUCUCUGUGCGCUGAACAUACUUUACAUGUUGGUAAGUUUGCUCUUAAUAUCAGGAGCUGCCUGGGGAAAAUGGCUCGACAUGGUCUCCAGCUUUCGUGUGGUUGCUGCCAUCAUCGCAGUGGGUGUCUUUCUUUUCUUCGUGGCAAUGUUGGGUCUGUGUGGAGCAAUAAAGCAUCACCAAGUCCUCUUGUUUUUUUACAUGUUCGUCCUUUUGAUGGUGUUCAUUGUGCAGUUCUCAGUGGCAUGUGCAAGCCUGUCUAUCAAUAAGGACCAAGAGAAAUUACUCCUGCAGAUGGGAUGGAAUAAGAGUGAGACGUUGCAGGUCGAUUUAGAGACAUCACUGGACUGUUGCGAUUUCUCUGAGGUCAACUACAACAGAACAUGUCAUGCUAAAUGUUUUGGCACCCAGACCUGCACUGCUUGCUCUGUAAAAAUUCUGGAGUAUGCCGAUGAUGUACUGCACUUUGUGGGAGGAUUGAGUUUGUUCUUCAGUUUCACAGAGAUUCUGGGUGUUUGGCUAACCUACAGAUAUAGGAAUCUAAAAGACCCUCGUUUAAAUCCUCAUGCUUUUCUUUAAGAACGUCUUUUUCAUUUUAUACUAGUCCUAGUUAAGAUGCUGCUCAGUAUUUAUAAUCGCAGAUCAGUAUGCUAUUUUACAUGGUUGAUUUAUAUGCUGAUAUUCAUAAUGAAGUGCUACGACAAAAUAUUUUUUUGUUUACUAUUUAGUGCGAUUAAACUGAAUACUGUGCAUUCUUUUAAAUUAAAUAGCUUUUGUUUUAGCAUUAUACUUUUAUUAGUGUGUUGGAAAUGUAACUCUUAUUUAUAUGAAAAUAUUGUUUAGUAGUCAUAAGGAACAAGUGAAUUUGGUUUAAACCAAUUUGCUAAAAUAUGUACAGUACAUGUACUAUAAUGUUAUGAACAUGGACUCCUUUUGAAAAAGGCUCAUGAGAAAGAUGUUAAACUGGACUGACUUGAUAAACCAGUGAAACACACCAAACUAAUAAUGGAAGUAUAAUAAAGAGACUGUGAAGUCUAAAGCUCAACACCUUUUGUUUUAUAUUUUUGCAUUGUAACUAAAAACAAAGGUUUUUGUGCAUUUUCUUUGUUAUAAAAAAGUGGAAGCAGCUCAUUACCUUCCCAUGUUCAAGCUUCCUCUGCUUUUACUCAGGCAAGUCAACACACAGGUAAUUGACCUUAGUCACACUAUCAGAGGCCACGUGGUUGCACUCUGAACAGGACAUGAGCAGGAACUGCUACGUCAUUUAUUUGGAUAUGGCUGAGCCACUGCACAGAAAUCUUAACCAACCAGAUAAACACAGAUGAUUACUGAAUGUGCUCUCUGGUGAUUUGUAUGAUGUAAUGUCUAUUGUCAUCAUGAAGGACUUUAGGUUUUAAUUUUUUUUUAUUUUAGUAUCAAGUUUUUUUAGGUAGAACAUCGUGGGGGUAAAAAACAUUCUAAUUAUGAGUUCUGAUAAACAUACUGUAUGCUGUCUCCACCACUGUUUAAAAUACAUUAGCUGAUAUACAUUGCUUGUCCAUUGUUUUAAAUUGUGUACAAUAGUCAGUUUUUGGGAGUCUUUCAUGUUUAUCUGUAUAAUUAUACCUAAUUAUUAGCCACUCUGACCACAGAGGUCUAAACAGUAAUUUACUCUUUGUGUAUAUCUAUCACUUCUGAAUUACACUGAUUGUAAACAAUGCCUCUUCCAACUAAUGAUUGCAUUCAGACCCUUACUUUUUUGUAUUGUUUUAGCUGAUUACUAUAUCAGUAACUCCAAACAAUUUUUUUUUCAUUCAGUUUCAACAUUUUCAACCUGUUUAAAGUAAACAGUGUAGUAUACAGUAGUAGAUAAAAUAAAAAAUGCUUUAGAAAUAAACAUGGCCAAAAGUAAGUGGGCACUUGU